AUGGCGCCGUCCUGAGCGUCUGUCGCUCCUGUGCAGACAUGCUGUAGCGCCGGUGUUUGUACGCUUAAUUUAGUGAUCAGGAAGCUACUAAAUGCUGCGAUCACAAUUUAAGUAACUUGCUUCUUCCGUGCACUGGUAGUGAAUUUGUUCUCUGACACGAUGUCUCUGCUCGAGUUUGAAACUCAAAUGUUCUUGGACCUUCACAACGAAGACGGUCUUGUUAUAUUAGCUAAGGGCCUUGGUAUAGAACGAUUGCUGUUAAGUUUGAUGAAAGUUCACAACGACCCUGGAAACCUUGUUUUAGUAUUGGGAACGACAGCCGAAGAAGAGGAAUUUUUUAUCGGCCAACUUCAAGCGGACAAUGUAAACCCGCUCCCAAAAUCGAUAACUGCUGACUGCGGCACAAAGGAGAGGACUGAUGUGUACUUAGCUGGAGGUGUUCUUUUCGUGACGUCACGGAUUCUUGUUGUCGAUAUGCUUAUGGAGCGAGUCCCCAUCGACCUCAUCACAGGCAUCAUAGUGUAUCGAGCUCACAAGACGCUGGAAUCGUGUCAGGAAGCCUUCAUUUUAAGGCUGUAUCGACAGAAAAACAAAAAAGGAUUUGUGAAGGGACUCUCAGACAGUGCCAUAGCAUUCACCCAUGGCUUCUCACAAGUGCAACGCAUGAUGAGGAAUCUCUUUGUCAAGAAGUUGUUUCUUUGGCCAAGGUUCCAAGCUGACGUUAUUGCAUCCCUAGAGAAGAGAAAGCCAGAAGUUGUGGAGAUCCGUGUUGGCAUGACUCCUGCAAUGAACAUUAUCCAGAUGGCUAUUCUGGAUAUUAUUGCCAGCUGUGUCCGAGAAAUAAAGAAAUGCAAUCCUUCGCUUGAAAUGGAAGACAUGACUGUGGAGAACACCAUUGCAAGGUCGUUUGAAAAGAUAAUCAAGUUUCAACUUGAUCCUGUCUGGCAUCAGAUUGGCCCGAAAACGAAGCGCCUGGUUUCUGACAUCAAGACUCUCCGCACGCUGCUACUGUAUUUGACACAACAUGACUGUGUGACAUUCUACAGCCUUGUCAAAUCAGUACAUGACAGUGCCGCAGCCACGACGCAAGUGUCUGACUGGCUUUUCUUGGAUGCAGCAGAGACGUUGUAUGUUCAAGCAAAGGCCAGAGUAUAUGGCUCGGAAAAGCGGCCACGCAAGGAUGACCAAAAGUCGAAAAGUACCGACAAAAAAGUGGACCCAUCUUUCCAACCAGAGCACAGCCCGAAAUGGGCUGCGCUCUCUGAAAUCUUGGCCGAGACAAGACAAGAGAACAAGGAGCGCGGAGACCUCAACACUGUUUUGAUUGUGGCCGAGGAUGACCGGACGUGUGGUCAGCUCUCAGAGUACCUUUGCUCCGGUGCCGAUUCUGUACUUUACAACCUCUACCGCAAGGCUGUUGGGGACAAAGACGGCGUGCAGCUUCCACCCCUGAGCCGCGGUGAUGACGACGACCACGAAGGGCCUGGAAAGAGGAGGAAGAAGACAAAGAACUCAUCACAUGGAUUGAGUGAAGAGAAAAAGAAAGGAAAUCAAGAUUCAGAAAUGGAAGGAUCUGACAUGACGGAAACAGAGACGGAGGGAAUGGAAUCACCACCCGCCUUUCCCAACACGAUUUUCCACCCACUGAAGUCUCCAGAAUUCGCUCUGCAGCAGUUGCUUCACUCUGUUGAGCCAAAGUACAUCAUCCUGUAUGACGUCAAUAUUGCGACGGUGAGAGAAAUUGAGAUGUACCAGGCCACCAGAGCAAAGGAAGUGCUACGCGUGUACUUCCUCAUGUAUGAGGACUCCAUAGAUGAGCAACGCUACCUCACUUCUCUUCGCCGAGAGAAGGAUGCCUUCGAAUUUCUCAUCAAAGAAAAAAGUAUAAUGGUGAUACCAGAGGAGCAAGACGGGAAGGGAGAGUACCACCCUGACCUGGUGGAUGAUGUUGGAAAGUCAAAUGAGCCAGCCAGCUCGCGGAAGGCGGGUGGCGCAGUUGUCCCCGUGUCAACGUCCCGCAGGGUCAUUGUGGAUUUGCGAGAGUUCCGCAGCGAACUGCCUUCUCUCAUUCACAGGCGAGGAAUCAGCGUUCAGCCAGUCACCAUAGAGGUUGGCGAUUACAUUUUGACACCGGAGAUCUGCGUUGAACGCAAGAGCCUCAAUGAUCUUAUCGGGUCCCUGAACAACGGGCGUCUGUAUAACCAAGCCCAGGCAAUGUGUCGUUACUACAAGCGUCCCGUGCUUCUUAUAGAGUUCAAUCAGAAUCAGCCUUUCUGCCUCCAGGGCAAGCACUUGCCGUCGUCGGAGUCGACCUCGCAAAAUUUUGUCUCGAAACUGAUCCUGCUGACGAUGCACUUCCCGCGCCUGCGUCUGCUCUGGUGUCAGAGCCCGUAUGCCACAGCCGAGAUCUUUGACAUUCUGAAGCACGGGAAGGAGGAACCGACUGUGGCAGAGGCACAAGCAGUGACGGAAAAGGAGCUUCAGGACAGCGGCAAGUCAAGUGACAAGUACAACCCUGCUCCACAGGAUUUCUUGCUUCAUCUGCCUGGGGUCGGCUUGAAGAACUACACCACACUGAUGCGCAAAUUCACAAGUCUUGCAGACAUGUUUAAGGCUUCAGAAGAGGAGUUGUCAUCGGCAAUGGGGAAUGCAGCCCAAGCCAAGGCCCUUUGGGACGCCAUCCACAAACCCAUUGAGCAAAACCCACAGAAACCAGUGCCCCAGCGGAAGUUCCGGAAGAAGUAGCGCUGGCUUUCUAUUUAAGCGUGUACAUAGUGUAUAUAUAGGACGUCUGUGAAGUUGCGCAAUGCAUGUUCAAGUGGCCUUAGGUACUGUUUGUAUCAAAAUGGCAUUGCUGCUGAAUGUUGGAACAGCUUCUGCUGAGUGUGACACAACAUUGUGAAUGUUCAUAAUGUGCACAUGCAUGUAGCCAUCACAUUGGCUUAGCUUUCAUGGAGCCAGCAUUGUGACUCCAUACCAUCUCCAUAGUGUGUGUUGCUUGCCUUUUGACAUUUACAAUCAGCUCAAUUACGGUGGGGCCACUGUGAAAGGGAACACUUGAUUUGCAUUUAAGACCUUAAAAGGACGCUAUAAAAGAAAAACAUUAGACUGAUAAAUUGUUCUUUAAAAAACUCUCCCUUGAUUAAUUUUGCGGUAAGAGGUUGUAUAAUUUGCUGAUGGAACAUUCAACUAGUUCCUACUGCGCUCCAACACAGUUUGCGGUGAUGCAGAGGCCUCUCGAGAUUGGAGCAAGAGGAAGCUUGCCCUGAGCCAAAUGUUCAGCUGCUCUCAGAGCAACCAGAAGAGCCAUGUGAUUAGGAUUGUGCCGGGUCUCGGUUGGGCUCCCAGCUCAAACGUGAGAGCUCCUCUGAAGCACUGUGCGCUGGAGUGCAACGCUCUGAACAAGAAUUUCUAUCAGCUGAAUGUAAAUGGCAUAGUGCGAGCGCUCGAAAGGGACCAGUCGAAUGUGCCACAAUAGCAGAAAUGAAGAUUGAAAUUUAAAAGAGAAACUCCAGCACUGCUACAUCAGUUUGAGGUCAGGGAUGUCAAUGCAUUUUCCUGUACUGGGGAUGUUGUGGCAAUGUGAAAGUUCUUGGAAUUUGCAAAGUUCGAUCUCUGGCUGUUUUAGAGCAGUGUACAUAGUUCGUCUGUACUGAUAAAAAAAAUUAACGAAGCUGAGCAGAUGGCAUCGAAAUCCAUGUCCUCACGGCAACCUGGUAUGGGAACUUUAGAAGUCUUCUUGUAUCAGGACGAGCCUAGACAUAGCAAUGCAUCUUUGUAAGUGGACCUGUUACUGGUGCAGCUGUGGGUUCUUUAACAGGCAUCUUCACCCGGGCUUCAUUUCUUAGCCAUGUGAAUAAAGAACUUCCUGUGAA